AUGGCUGGUUUUUUCACGUGGAAGACAUUCGAUUUUAGAGUUCUCUCGACUCUCGUGAAAAUUUUUCUAUUGUUGAUUGUGAGAGGAUCUCUUACCUACUCGGUUCAAAGUGAUGUUGACUGCCUCAGAGCUAUAAAAGAUUCUUUGGAAGACCAGAACGGCUACCUCACAACAUGGAACUUCGAUAACAAGACUGAAGGUUUUAUAUGUUCUUUUAUUGGAAUCGAUUGUUGGCAUCCAGACGAGAACAAGGUCUUGAAUAUAAAGCUUGGGGAUAUGGAACUUAAGGGCGAGUUUCCUCUUGGCGUUGCAGGUUGUUCAUCCUUGACAGGUUUAGAUCUUUCUAAUAACAAGAUUUAUGGAAAUAUUCCUAGGAAUAUCUCUAAGUUACUUGAAUAUGUGACAAGCCUUGAUCUCUCGUCCAACCAGUUAUCCGGAGAGAUUCCUGUCGAUCUUGCAAAUUGCACUUAUUUGAAUAUCCUUGAACUUGACAACAACCACUUGUCAGGCCAAAUCCCUGCUCAGAUUAGUCUACUCAAUCGAUUGACGAUUUUUAACGUGGCUAACAACCGAUUGACUGGCCAAGUUCCACAAUUCAGUAAUGCUACUGUUCCGCCAGAUAACUAUGUGAAUAAUGCAGGACUAUGUGGCAAACCUUUACCCCCUUGCAGAGUUUCUUCAAAGAAAACUAAUAGUGCAGCCAUUGUUGGGGCGACUUCUGCAGCCUUCGCUGUUGGAAUUGGCAUUGGCGUAGGCAUGUUCUUCUAUUUGGGUAAGGCGUCCAGAAAGAAGAAGGAAGAAGAUCCUAUGGGCAACAAAUGGGCAAAGAGAAUCAAGGAUGCCAAAGCCAUCAAGCUUUCGAUGUUUGAGAACUCGGUUUCUGAAAUGAAAUUGAGCGAUCUCAUGAAGGCGACUAAUGAUUUCAGUAAAGAGAAUAUAAUUGGGUUAGGAAGAACUGGGACAAUGUACAAGGCAGUACUUAAAGAUGGCUCAUGCCUCAUCGUGAAGAGAUUGCAGGGUACUCGAUACUCAAACAGCGAAUUUUCGUCUGAGAUGGCUACACUAGCUAAUGUAAAACACAACAACUUGGUUCCACUUCUAGGAUUCUGCAUGACUAAUGAGGAGAGACUUGUAGUCUACAGGCACAUGUCCAAUGGCAGCCUCCAUGAUAAACUACACUUGAAAGACGGGACCGAACCUAUGGAUUGGCCUUUAAGGCUCAAAAUUGGAAUUGGGGCAGCAAAAGGACUCGCGUGGCUACACCACAGCUGCAAUCCACAUAUUAUUCAUCGAAACAUAAGUUCCAACUGCAUCUUACUGCAUGAUAAUUAUGAACCUAAAAUAUUAGAUUCAGGAAUUGCUAGUCUCGUGAAUCCCAUUGUAUCUCAUUUAGGUACUUGUGUAAAUGGUGAAUUUGGGGACAGGGGCUAUGUUGCUCCAGAAUAUGUAAGAACAUUGCUGGCCACUCCAAAAGGGGACGUAUACAGUUUUGGGGUAGUGCUUCUCGAGUUAGUAACAGGCGAGAGACCGACCAAUGUGGCUAAAGCCCCCGAAAGAUUGAACGGCAAUAUAGUGGCCUGGAUUUUUCAUCUCUCUGGAACCUAUAAACUUCAGGAUGCAAUUGAUCAAUUCUUGGUUGGAAAAGGUUAUGAUAAUGAGCUUUUCGAGGUUCUUAAUGUUGCCUGUAGUUGUGUGCUGACAGAUCCUAAAGAGAGGCCUUCCAUGUCUGAAGUGUACCAGUUUUUGAGAGCUAUUGGACAAAAGUAUAAUUUCGCAGCAGAAGAUGACAUCUUGUUGCCAUCCAACAGUGGUGAUGACGAUCAACUUGUCGAACUUAUCAUUGCUCAACAUCCGGAGGAGAUUGAUGUUAAAAUGUAA